GCAUCCUCGCGGAUGAGUCCAACUGACGGUUGACUCGUCGGAGGAAAGGCACCACUGUGCUGAUUUUGGACUUUUUUUUCCACAGCGGGGGACACCCUUGGGAGAAAGUUGCCAUUUGUCACACUCUCUCCCGUGUGAAGGCUCGGGAUCAUUGCGCAGAAUCCGUGCUCACCGAGGCGCGGAGCCUCCACGGGUGGAGUGGCUCUCCUCCUCAGCUCACCACGAUGCGAGUGGCGCGCUGAUGUGUUCGUGGAUUUCAGGCUCAAACUUGCGUAAAGACUCUCAUUUGGCACAAGUUCUCCCAGACCGUCCCGGGCGGGAAACCGAACAGCAUGUCUGCCAUUCGGAGGAAAUUUGGCGAGGACUAUCAGGUGGUCAACACCAGCCGGAGCAUGACUUUCUCCGCGCCGGUGAAGCGCAAGCGGCAGCGCUUCGUGGAGAAGAACGGCCGCUGCAACGUCCAGCACGGUAACCUCGGCGGGGAGACCAGCAGGUACAUCUCUGACCUCUUCACCACCCUGGUGGACCUCAAGUGGCGCUGGAACCUGCUCAUCUUCAUCCUCACCUACACGGUCGCGUGGCUGGUCAUGGCUUCCAUGUGGUGGGUGAUCGCCUUCAUCCGCGGCGACCUGAGCCACGGCGGCCACAACGAGUCCUACAUUCCGUGCGUGGCCAACGUCUACAACUUUCCCUCCGCCUUCCUCUUCUUCAUUGAGACGGAGGCGACCAUCGGCUACGGCCACCGCUACAUCACGGAGAAGUGCCCGGAGGGCAUCAUCCUGUUCCUCUUCCAGUCGCUGCUGGGCUCCAUCGUGGACGCCUUCCUGAUCGGGUGCAUGUUCAUCAAGAUGUCGCAGCCCAAGAAGCGCGCCGAGACGCUCAUGUUCAGCCAGGACGCGGUCAUCUCGCAGCGGGACGGCAAGUUGUGCCUCAUGUUCCGAGUGGGAAACCUGCGCAACAGCCACAUGGUGUCGGCGCAGAUCAGGUGCAAACUCAUCAAGUCGCGGCAGACCCCAGAGGGCGAGUUCCUCCCCCUGGACCAGUGUGAGCUGGACGUCGGCUUUGGGACUGGGGCCGACCAGCUCUUCUUGGUGUCACCGCUCACCAUCUGCCACGAGAUCAACACCAAGAGCCCCUUCUUCGAUUUGUCGCAGCGCUCACUGAUGAAUGAGCAGUUUGAGAUUGUCGUCAUUUUGGAAGGCAUCGUCGAGACCACCGGAAUGACAUGCCAGGCUCGGACUUCGUACACCGAAGAUGAAGUGCUGUGGGGCCAUCGCUUCCUCCCUGUCAUGUCCCUUGAAGAAGGCUUCUUCAGAGUCGACUACUCGCAGUUCCACAACACCUUCGAGGUCCCGACGCCUCCCUACAGCGUCAAAGAGCAGGAGGAGAAGUCGCCGCUGACUUCCCCCAACCCACUCCCAGUCACACAGACUCCCUCAUCUCCUCCGCUGGGAAACGCUGCCCGAGGAUCCCGCAGGGAACGACUCCUCUCAGCUGACUACGCGGACCACAUUGAAGAUCAAACAUCCCGGCUUCCUUCUAAACUUCAGCGCAUGAGCUCCACCAAAGAGGAGCACCUGUGGCGGGCGCUCAAGAGCGGGCCGGCUUUGCCUGGGGGGAAAGCAUCGAGCACCGGUGACCUGCCGCUCAGCAUUCAGCGGCUGAGGUCCAGCUCAAUUCCUGCCGCCAGACACGGACACCCAGAGGAGCAGGUCCAGCUGCUGUCACUUGAAGUAGAUGCGGAGGACGUAGACAUGGAGAAGCACAGGCUUCCAGCGGCCGUUAGCAGCCUAACUGCUCCGACCCCAGCUCAGAUCCCAUUUGCAGGGGGUCGGCCAGAGGACAACCUGCCCCCCAAACUGCGCAGAAUGAAUGCAGACCGCUGAUGUUUGCAGAGACAAUUAUGACUUGAACCAUUUGAAAAAAAAUGAAUCAGGCUUGGUGGGCAUUGCAUAAAACUAGAACUACUGUGAUUUUGAAGAUUUCCUGCUGAUUUUGUGCAGGAUUUUACAUCUGCAGGCUUUAUACUCAGCGGUCCAUUGCCCCAAUUCCGAGGAGAACAUGAUAAGCCAUCCAUCCGCUUCUACUGUGAGCCAGUUGGAAAGAUCACCAUUGGUGCCACUUACUUUCACUCACUUUUCAUGAAGUUGCCAAUUUAGCUUUCAUGUAUAGCUGAGCUAUAGCUAUAUAAAUAUUUAUAUUCCACAGCCAACCACACAAGACCAUCAACGAUUUUGGGCAGUAUGAUGACUUUCUUCGGUUAUUAUCUCAAAGGUUCCAUCUCCUGUGAUGUGGUGGGAAAAUCGUCCCUCAUACUUGACAUAAAACAUGUCCAGUCAUAUGACUUUCUAUCUUACUCAUUUCAGCACUGUAAGUUCACAGAACUUUGUCUCAACCGAUGAGGAAGAAGGGAAGAGACCCUCCCCACGUCCCUCCCUCGCUGUGCCACUUCCCACCUCUGCCCUCAGUACUCAAUCUGGCCAGCAGGGGCAGUUCGCUCAGAAGUGUUGUUCGUGAGCGACUCACUCAAAGAAAGAAGCUGGCAUCUCACCAGACUUGGCAAUGUUUUGCUAAAUCUGGCAGCUUUCCAAAUCCUCGCGGCAACUUUUAUUGUGAAAAGCAACUCGUGACAAAUUGAACAACUUUUUUUGUGGGCCAGGUUUCCGUAAAAAAGCACUUAUUACGGCCAUCGUCAGCCUCCCCCCUGAUCCAAAGCGCUAACAGGCGGUCAGACUCACUCGCUGAAGUAUCACAGAGUCAAAGACUGCAACAGGCUGUGGAUGAGUAGCGCAUGUGCAAAGCCAUUUAUGCAAAUUAUUAAGCGUCUUUUUGUGACUUUUAGGACAACCAAUAGCGACAUUCGACACAUCUGGAGUGGCAAUGUGUUGGCAUUAUAUUUACUCACUGUUUCUGCUGGUAAAGUCGUCUCCUGCCUCCUGAGUAGAGUUGCCUUGGGCAGAAUGUCACACACCUGUUGUGAGGUGGCGAAAUCUGGAAUAAAGGCCACGGCUCCAGGCUGGGGCAAAAGUUCACAUCUCAAUUUCAGCUUCAAUUUCUGCACUAUAAUAUAUAUAUAUAGCCACUCUCCCACUUAGCUAAAAACACUGAUCAGCAAUGACUGAAAUCAUUGAGUUGUGAUUAUAUUUGGUGGAGAGGAACAUAGUGUGGUGGACAAUAAGAAGCGUUUAUGAUGAACCUGAACGGGAACUAUUUGCAGAAACAGACAGAAUGUGCAACGUGGACAUGAAUGAAUGAAUGUUACUUUUAUUAUAUGUUCUCAGUAAAACCUCGUCUGUUGUCUAUACUCUGUUUUUGAAGGGCACGAUGCUGUGCAGAAACAGGCCAUGCUAGCUCACACACACUUUGACGUAUCACACACCAAGUCAUUGCUCUGGUCAUUUGUCUUGUUCUGAAUGGAAGACCGUCAAUUGAACGAUUCCACAUUCAAACUCAAGCAAAUACUGAUGUGAAUGAUGAUGACCAGGUCAGAGGGCAUUUGGAAUCGACGGAGGUGUUGAGCCACUGGUGGUUAUGGACCUUUAACUAGUAACAUUAGUCAGUCAAGUUUAUAACAAGCCAAACUUUUUAUAUAGGGUCAGAACUAAAUAACACAUCACCUCUUCCACCCCUCAGUACUGCGCAACCCUGUCAUUUUGGUACAGAAGUAGAAGCUGCAAGCGUCCAGGAAGCACUGACUGCAUAUUCACAUGCAAUGUUGAAUUUUAAACAAAAAGAAUGACAAUGUUUCUGCAUGAAAACGCGAUGAACAGACUCUACAGGGCCCAGUUGUACACCAAAAUUGUGGCUGGAGAAUAAAAUGCCAACCUUUAUAGUUUUCUCAUUCUUUAAAUCCCUCCAGUCAAUCCACUGUUUUAUAGAACAAGCAGAAAGACUACUGCAAAUAAACAAUAGAGGGCAAUAUUCAUGGCGUCUACCACAGCGUACCCAUGCCAGCUGUCAUCUCUACCACUGUGCACUCUUUGGUACUCUAGGUUGGGUGUUUGCAUUGGCCCGUUAUAACUGUGUCAUGUAUAUAUUAAAUCGCUAUUUGAGUUUAUUUUCUUAGAUCACACACUUAUUUAUUCAAUUGUCAAGAGAAUAUUUACUCACUUCAGGGUACAUGUAUUAAUGCAAGUCGAACUUCAUGUUGUCA